ACGUAACGUACGUGCCCCCUUGUCCCGACCCGUCACGUGGGGGAAACGAGUGAUCACUGAUCAGUCUACGCGAGCUACUAGCUUGCUAGGUGAGCUAGGCUAGGUAGUAGGUUGGUGGUGGCGCAGCCAUGGCCGCCGCCGCCGCCGCCGCCGCAGCUGCGGCGAGCACCGCUCGCGGCGGGCACCGGCCAUGGACGGCGGCGAGCCGUGGUGUUAGUGCUCGCCGUUGUUCGGUCGCCCCUGCGCAGGUCCGCGCGAGAGGCCCAACCGAGUGGUGGCCUGCGGCGGCGAGGAGGAGGAGGGCGCCGCGGCGGCAUGCCGUCGCGGCCAAGGCCGGCGCGGCGGACGCGCGGCCGUCGUCGUCGUCGGAUGCCGUCUCCUACUCCUCCAGCAUCUCCACCGACAUGCCGCUCUACGAGCCCACCGGGGUGUCGUUCGACGAGUACCUCCUCGACCGCGCCCGCGUGUUCCGCGCCAUGUUCCCCGACGAGAGCAGGAGCCAGCGCCUCAGCGACGAGGAGUGGAGAGUCCAGAUGCUGCCGCUGCAGUUCCUCCUCCUCACCGUGCACCCGGUCGUCGUCAUGCAGCUGCGCCACCGCGACGGCGUGCUCGACCUCCGAAUCACGGAGUGGGAGCUGCGUGGGCUGGAGCGCGACUACGCGCCGGCGAGCUUCGACCUCGGCGUCCGCGGGUCGCUCUACGCCGACAGGAGCCGCGGCCGCCGCGCCUGCCGGCUGAGGGGCCACCUCGAGAUCUCCAUCGGCUGCGUCCUGCCGCCGCCGAUGCGCCUCGUGCCGGGCGCCGUCAUGCGCGGCGUCGCCGAGUCGUAAGAUCUUCGGUUCUUCGCCAACGCCGGCGGGGCCACAAAUUUUGGUUUCUUGGCGAUCUUGAAGAUUGUGGCGGUGCAGGUGCUGCAGAGACUGGCCGAGAAGAUGAAGCAGGACGUCGACGUCGGCAUCGUCGCCGACUUCCAGAGAUUCCGGCGGGAGAAGGCCGCCGCCGCCGCCGCCGCAACGGGGAAGGUGAACUCCACAGCUGACAGAGAAACCUGAAGCAUGGAUAUCUGAAAACCUGGCCAAAAUUUCAUCAAAAUUUGAUUCAUAUACUACAUGAUUCAUUUUGCUCGUGGGAAGAUCAAUUCUUGCAAAAUAAUACUAGAAUUUUCUGCGAAGGAUAUAUCCACAAUAUAGAGUGUGUUGGACUAUGUAAUUUUGUAAUGUGAAAUUAAGUAAUGUUAAAUUACUUAAGUACCUGUCCGAAUAUGA